UUUGGGUUUUAUAGUUUACACUUACAGUGUGAACCAUUUCCAGGUACAGACCCUGAAGCGUACUACUACACCACUUGCACGGAAUGGUACAAAACGGUUUGCACGAAACGCUGAACGAUCGGAACGGUGAACGGUUUGCACGAAACGCUGCACGUAACGGCUUUCACGAAACGCUGACAACUUUGUAGGCAUGGCUUGCACGCUUUGUGAAUGGUCUGCACAAAAUGGUAGGCAUGGUCUGCACGCUGUGAUUUUUUUGGUAAUAUUUGGUUCAAAUGGUUUCAAUAUAAUUGCAGUAUUCAAAUAUUAAAAGAAUGUUGAGGAAGAAAUGAUAAUGAUUCAUUUUAAAAUGAUUGCUGAUGUACGACGCAGUAAUUAUUAGAUCAAUGACUUAUAAACACGUUGGAAUGAAAACAAAUGAAUUUUAAUUUCGGAAAUAAAAGAAAAAUAUGCAAAAAUCAUAUUGUCACGAAAUAUUGAUUAAUCAAAUUUUAUUGAUUCAUUGCUCUAUUAAAUUCUUUGAAACUGAAUAUGAAAUGAUCGCGUCUGUUUCGCUAUUUUUGUACAUUCAUUCUGAGUGUCAUUAAAAUACAUUUGCAAUGGUAUUCGCCAACGACCGUUACCGGUUCUAAAAAUUAUGUCGUUAUGGGGGAUACGUUAAAACGCUUUAUUUCACUUAGACGCUUGUAAACACUGAAAUGGAAAGAGAAACUUACGUAAAGUUUUCCGUCUCUCGACUCAAGGACGAGUUAAAGAAAAAAGGAGCCACCACGAGAGGCAGAAAAGCCGACCUUAUAGACAGGCUUAAGGCAUAUGAUAGAAAUAAAGAUUUCAAGAAUGACCCAAUUCAUAUACCUGAGCCUUUGGAAGUUGAUUGGCCAACGAGGGGAUUUCAACAGCUCCAGGAAUCACAUAAAGAAGAAAUCCCAGAGAUAUGCAUUGAGCAGAUAGACAUGUAUUUUGUACAUAGAUUAGCAGGUGACAGACAAAGCACUGGUGAUGUCAAGGCUAUCGAGAAAGGAAGGCUGCUUGUUGAAAGUGAUAGAGUCUUGGCUGUGUCAUAUUUAAAGGAAGAUAAUUCCCUGUUCUUUACAGGCAUUGUUGGCGCAGCCAUGAAAACAAAGGUAACAUACAACUUCAAAUUAAAAUUUGACAAAAACUCGGGAGACAUCUUGAACAGCCAUUGUGAGUGUCCUGCAGGACGAGGUCCCCAUGGAACUUGCAAACAUCUUGCUGCUGUUGCCAUAGUUUUACUCUCUUGUUCUGAAGGAAAAGGUUUGAGGAUUCAGAGAUCAUGCACAGAAAACCUGCAGACAUUUCAUAAACCCAAACAUUCAUACUCAGGUUCACCAGUCAAAGCUGAAGAUCUGCCCAGGAAGCAGAAUCUGACUGAUGAUUUUUUAAAUGAUCCCCGCCCUGAACAUCUAAAAGGUGUAGCUGGUUACCCGGAUAGGGUUCGCAAUAUGGUCUUAAACCAUUGUGCAGAGACCUCAGACAAUCUGACAUACAGAUAUCUCAUCGAGAAAGCAUUUAUUCAGGCAGCAGUAUUGGACCAUGAUUAUUUGGAAAGACCCUUCACAGAGUAUUGGGUUCAACGAGCUGUUGAGGUUACAGCAGAUAAAGUAGUUGCCAUUGAGGAGCAGACACGUGGACAAGCCAGCUCAAAUAAUUGGUUCAAGGAGAGAUCAUGGCGGAUCACAGCCUCAAGAUUUGGAGAUAUCUGUUUAGCUACAGACAGACGUAAUAGGCAGAAACUCUGCGAGUCUCUAUACCAGCCUUCUGCUGCUGUAUUUCGCAGUGAAGCUCUAGUCCAUGGACGUACCUAUGAGACACGUGCUAUUAGAUCCUUUGAAAGAGAGACUGGCCAAGGUGUUCAAAGAUGUGGUUUCUUUGUUGAUAUGGAUCGACCUUACUUGGGGGCAUCACCGGAUGGACUCGUUGGCAAUGAUGCACUAAUUGAAGUCAAAUGUCCCUUUGCUGGUUGCUUUGAGAAGAUUCAGCCUGGAAAGUACUUCCCAUAUCUAACAAUGGACUCUGUAACUGGUGAAAUGAAAUUGAAACCCACCUCUAAAUAUUUUUUCCAAAUACAAGGCCAAAUGCUUAUUGCCAAAAAACAAAUUUGCUAUUUUGUUGUAUACACUUUCAAAGAUUUGUUCAUCCAGAAAGUACAUAUUGAUGUAGAAUGUUGCCAGAAUUCUCUUCUUCCAAAGCUUGAUGUAUUCUAUGAUAAAUUUUUCAUGCCAUACUUGUUAUCCUUGCUGUAAAGUGGAAGCAUAUAUGCAAACUUGUGUAAAAGUUUCUUCUAAAUGAUUUAUCGAGACAGUUCAUUUUUUUUAUACAGAAUCUUUUUUGUAUUCAUGAUUUGAUUAGAGUCUGCAAAUGAUUCUUCAUGUUUUUUUGCCUAAGUUUCUGCCCAGAAUGCCAAUCAAUUUCAGAUGAAAUACAUUGCAUAUCCAUGAUAUGAAAUUUUCUGUAUUGACAAUAUACAUGUAACAAUGCAUAGAUGUUGGUUAUAUAAAGUGUUAAACUUUUUAAA